CAAGGAUGUGGGCGUGUCCCCUAACGUUGGCUUUGACUUCGCUGCUUGUGCAAGUGGUUUCAACCGAAAUGAAAUGCUGAAAGUGGUGCCAGCGGGAGGGGCGAACUUAUUCCGCUUCAAGGGACUCACUCGUACGCAUUUUUGACUUUGGGCGAGCGGCGAAGUGAAAAAGUCGAUCCACUCUCAUCAAAAUGCCACAUAAAAGGAGAAACCACGGUCAUCAGAAACACACAGCGGUCACAAAAGAGUCGCAGCACAGACAGACCACGCCCAAACCAGCAGCCCAGGUCUCCGCUGUGCCGUGCGAGAAGACACAGUCAGAUUCUACCAUGGAUACAAAGCUGAAGGGGGUUAGCACAGCAACGGGUGGCACCACUGGAAGUACUUCCAUCGGGACAGCAGGAAAAGGGGCUUCUAAAGCUCAACUUGAGACUAACACCAAGCCCACUGUUAUUGACAUGUCAUCCGCUGGGUCUACUGUUGUCAACAUGACAUCAACUGGGACGAGGGGCGUUCCCACAGUGAUGUCAAAGACCUCACCUGUCCCCAGUAGAACGCCUUCUGCUCCCGCCUCUGGAACGGCGGCGACCUCACUAGCAUCUGCUAAUGUUGCCAUGUCGACAUCUAAAGAGUCACCAAAAGCACCAGCCAAGGUGAAAGUGGAAGUUCCUCCCCAGGCAGCAUCAACGGGAGCCAAAGAGGCACCUCCAGCAGAUCCAUUUGCCGCUUUGGCCGAUACACUCCCAUCAGUUGAUCCUCUCACCCCAAAAGAGCCUGUAUUUACUGGUCCAGAGGUCAAAGAGCAUGACGUCACAUCCGAGGAGGCUAACAAGUGCGGAGAAAGAGACGACACGCUGCCACCAGAAUACAGAUUUGACGCUAUGGCUCCACUUCCUGCAGAUGGCAAACCCAAAGAUGUUCCUAAACCGUUGACCACAGACGAGGCCCUGGAUUCCCUUUCAGAAGGUUUCAUGACGUCGACUGUUCCAUCCGCACCCAAAAUGCAGGAGAACAUUGACGCUCCUGCGGCUGAUCCCUGUGUAGCAGUGCGUCCGCCAGCUGAUAAAAAAGCCAAGAUGGAGGUUGAUAAUUUCUCCUUGGCAACUGGAAUUCCCACUGCUCCUUUCAAGAAAGCCGUAUGUGUUCCUCCACUUGAUCAAGAAACUAAGAUGGAAAAAGCCUCUACUAACUUCUCUCUGAAGGCUGGACUGGACACAAAGCCCAAGACGGAUCAGGGGGGUUCCAUGUCGCUGGAUGCUCUCAAUGCUCUUGGGGACACAUUGGCAGCACCAGAACCAAAACCUGAACCCAAACUCCGACCUGAAGACAUUGUGUCGGAGGACAAACACAAGGAGGAGGAGGGUGUGCUUGUAGGAGAGCGGGAGGACACAAUUCCUCCAGAGUACAGGUUUAACGAGGAGGAACUCAAGAAACUGCCUGCACCGAAACCUGAGCCCACCAUGAAUACAGGCGAGGCGCUGGACCUUCUGUGUGGGGACUUGAUGACCUCCUCAGCUGCUCCGACACAGAAAGCUGAAGUCCCGGCAUUUGUCCCAACUGUGUCUGUGUCUCCUGCCACACCCAAGUCUGCUCAGGCUGAUCCCCUGCCUCUGGAUGCUCUCAGUGCUCUUAGCGACACUCUACCAGCACCAGAACUAAAUCCUGAACCCCCCAAACUCAGACCUGAGGACAUUGUCUCCGAGGAAAAACACAAAGAGGAGGAGGGUGUGCUUGUCGGGGAGAGGGAGGACACCAUUCCUCCGGAGUACAGGUUUAAUGAGGAGGAACUUAAGAAACUACCCGCUCCUAAACCCGAGCCCACCUUGAAUACUAACGAGGCUUUGGAGCUUUUGUCUGGAGACUUCAGCAGCUCCUCAGCUGCCCCAGUACAGACCAAAGUUGAGAAUGUGUCCGCUCAGGAUGUUUUGUCUUCAACUAAAUCGUCCGGACUUCACGCACCUCUUCCUCCUUUGACCAACAAGACACCGCAGGUAUCUGCUUGUCCUCCAGUGUUACCGCCACAAGGAGCGCCUACAAAAGAUGAGCGUGACUCCAUAUCUCUGGAUGCUCUCCGUGCUCUUGGUGACACAUUGGCAGCACCAGAACCAAGUCCGGAACCCCCCAAACUCAGACCUGAGGACAUAGUCUCAGAGGAAAAGCACAAGGAGGAGGAAGGUGUGCUUGUAGGAGAGAGGGAUGACACCCUCCCUCCAGAGCACAGGUUUAAUGAGGAGGAACUUAAGAAAUUGCCUGCUCCUAAACCUGAGCCCAAAAUGAAUACCAAUGAUGCCCUGGACAUUCUAUCUGGAGACUUGUUGACCUCCUCUGCUGCUCCUGCUGUGCAGGCUCCUGUGGUCUCUUCCUCAGCUGCCCCCGCACACUCUUCUGCAGACUUUGCUCUGGAUGCCUUGGCAGGAGACUUAGUUUCAUCCUCUGCUGCCCCCACAGUGAAAUCUUCUGCUUGCCCCCCCACAGAAACAGCAGCACAGCUGUCAGCAGGGGCGGACAACGCUCUGGACGCUCUGUCAGACACUCUGAAGGAUAUCACCCCCGCCCCUCAGCCUGCUCCCGUUCCUCCGAAAGACAUUGUAAAGGAGAAGAAGGCUGUUGAGGAGAGGCUAAUUAAGAUGGGGGAGAGAGACGACUCACUGCCACCGGAGUACAGACCCACCGAGGAGGAUCUCAAGAAAAUGGCUGAAGCUAAGGCCAACGCAGCUGCCACACCAAAGAAGUCUAUGGACGAUAAGACAGCCUUGGACUUGCUCUCCAGUGAUUUCACCACACCCGUCCCAUCAGCCGCCGCUGCUGCCGCUGCUGCCGCUGCUGCUGCUGCUGCCGCUGCUGCUGCUGCUGCUUCAACCGAGCUGACACCUCCUGUGCUGGACUCGGAGCGCCUGAAGAGCAAGAGCAAGUCCAAGUCAAGGUCUAAAAAACAACAUCCUGGAGGGCCUCCUGCUGCCGACCUGCUCUCUCAUAAGAAAAGCUCAGACGUCGUGGCGACACAGCAGGGAAGGAAGAGCUAAAGCUGCACGUCAGGUUGUUGUGUGGUGCAGUCUGACCUUCAGACGCCAGGGAGGACGAAGCACCAGUGAGGAACCCGUUCUCUGCGUUGAGAUUCUACUUUUCUAAAUCAUCAAUGAUGUACACUAGUUCAACAUACCCAUAAAACACACACACACACACACACACACACACACACACACAUCAAACCAUGCCAUUCUUGCUUGGUUUCACUUGCAGUCAAAGAUGAGGAGCUUUCUGUUUCUGUUUGCGGAGAGACAUGCUGGAGACACAACGAGUUCAAAUGAGUUGCCGGUCGCUGUGUUGAGUGAAGCGAGAGAAGAAAGAUGUUGUCCAUCAUGUUGGAGUUUUACAUCUGCAGGCGACGCACUCGUAACACAACGGCAGCUCGCAGGAGUGUAUAGUAUUAAGAUGUUGUGCAAUGCUGAAAUCCAAUGAGUUUUCUAUCAUGACGUGCCAUGAUUACACUAGUGUACAGCUUUGGUCACUUUGUUUUGUUGCUUUUUUUGGACAGUAUCCUUUCAACUUUUCCUGCAAUUCGAAAAAUAUCUGUCACCAGGAGGCUCUUUGGAAUAUAUAUAUAUUUGUAAAAAGUACAAUUGCACUUAGUAAACCAAUGUGGCGUUUACGAGAAACUGUAAAAAAAAAAAAAAAAACACACACAAAAGAAGAUUCUACUCUGCAUAAGGAAACACUGUAUGACUUAGAAAGGGCUUUGAUAUGUAAAGUAAAUACAAAGACGUUGUGAUGAUUUCCCUCCUGGAUGCUGUGCGCGUGUGGGCGUGCAUCACGAGAUGGGAGAUAUUUGACUAAUACUAAUUGAAUGAAAAGUCUAAUAAGCCGACGUGCCUCACCGCUUGUGCCUAAAAAUGAUUCAAACAUGAACUGAUGUGUGGGGAAAGGCUUCUGGGAACACUUUUUUUCUUAAAGGUGCAGGGGGAUCUGUAUGUGUGUGUGUCAAACCUGAACAGGAACAAAAAACUCCUGACUUGGUGGUUUUUCACGCUGCAAAAAGGCGCAGCAGCCCACUUCCUGUUGACUUGGAGGGGGGGGGCUUCGCAACGACAUCAUUUAUUUUGCUAAAACGUUUGAAUGUUUUCUACCAUUUAGCCAACAUCCUGAAUGACUGAUGGGGGGGGACGCAAAUGAGCGGGUUUGAUGUGCUCGGUUCAUCAAGUGACAAAACAAUGAGCAUAUAAAUAAAGACAAAUUUAUUUCAUGGCA